AUGUCCCCACGAGAUUCGACCGCUAUUCCUUCAUCCCGCCGACGUCCCUCCUUCUCGCUCAGGGCUCGACCUCGCACAGCCGCCUCCUCGUCCUUUCAGACACCGGCAUUUGAUUAUCAUGAUGUGUGGAAUAGACAGUCCGUGCUGGAUAAGGCUGAUGACGAAGCCUCGGUACUGGAAGAAAUGAACCACUUCCCGGAACCCGCCCCCCGAAGUCGUGGAGCCAAAAGCUUCUCCAGUCUCCUUCAUCCGGUCGAUGGGCUGCGUGCUCUGGGUCGUCGUCUGUCAGUGACCAUCCGCAACAGGUCCUCCAGACAUGCCGCUCCUACUCAUCCAGAAGAGCACGCCUUCCCCCCCAACGAAUCCAACCCUACCACUGGCAACCGGGCUCCCCCCUCCAGACACAGUUGGUGCAGAGGCUCCAGGAUUGAUCGUCGGCUGUCGCUAACCAGUUUCUACCACCCUGUGCCAGGCGUCACUUUCCCAAUUCCGGGCAGUGGUCGCGAGCCCCCGAUCCUCCCUAAUGAUAGGUACGCGGGUGCUGCCGCCAGAGCAGCCGCGGCGGCUCAGAACGAGUUGGCCAAGGCCGAGCGUGAUGGAUGGGUUGAUGCGAAGCUUCCGCGAGAUUCGGAAAGCGGCAUUGGGAUCGACCUCCGGGAUCGCUCGGAGUUGUCCGACGUCGACCAGGACAUGGUGCGGGUCGACCCCGUCGCCUACCUGCCGCCAGAGGUCAUGUCGCAAGUCUUCACCAAUCUUGACCCCGAGUCUCUUCUGCAAUCUGAACUGGUCUCUCGUGUUUGGAAUGAGCAGGCUUCGUCCCGGCACGUCUGGAGGCAUGUGUUCCGUCGUGCCUACGGACACUCUCGCCCGAGCGGUACUUCCCCGGAGAAGAAAAAGCAGUCCCUCGGGUUGGGGAAGCCGCAUCCGAAUCAAGACUGGAAACGAAUGUUCUUCGUCCGACGGGCAUUAGAACACCGGUGGAAAGAAGGCAAAGCGGCGGCUAUCUAUCUCCAUGGACAUACGGACAGUGUCUAUUGUGCGCAGUUUGAUGAAAACAAAAUUAUCACUGGCUCGCGCGAUAGGACCAUCCGCGUAUGGGACGCUCAUUAUCCCUGGCCAUGCCGCAAGAUCAUCGGCCCUCCCCCAGAGGAUGACCCCAGCAUUGGACCGGUGAACAACCCAGCCCGGCAGUCCGAGGGAAAGCCCCCGUUUCUGACCAUCUGCCCUCCUCCCACGCUCGCGGCGGGCAUCGUGUCUCCCGUGGAGCAGUCCGAAUACCACAGUGCAUCGAUUCUGUGCCUGCAGUUCGAUGAGGAGAUCAUGGUGACCGGGUCUUCGGACUGGUCGUGCAUUGUCUGGGAUAUUCACAACGACUACCGGCCGAUCCGCCGCCUUGAAGGCCACCAAGCUGGCGUGCUGGAUGUGUGCUUCGAUGAUCGAUACAUUGUCUCUUGCUCCAAGGACACGACCAUUUGCGUGUGGGACCGACACACUGGGGCUCUCGUGAAGCGGCUUCUGGGACACCGUGGCCCGGUCAACGCCGUCCAGUUGCGCGGCGACCUGGUGGUGUCGGCCAGCGGAGACGGGGUCGCCAAGUUGUGGAAUAUUACGUCGGGUCUCUGCAUCAAAGAAUUCCCCAGCAAGGACCGGGGUCUGGCAUGUGUAGAGUUCAGUGACGAUGCUCGCACCAUCCUCACGGGCGGCAACGACCAUGUGAUCUACCAAUUUGACGCCAACACGGGCGAUCUGGUCAAAGAGCUCAAGGGCCACAGUGGGCUGGUCCGCUCGUUGCACCUGGAUAGCAUGAGCCAGCGGAUUGUCAGUGGAAGCUACGACGUUAGUGUCAAGGUGUUUGAUGCGCAGACGGGAGAGUUGUCGAUUGAUCUUCCAGGAUGGACAACUAGCUGGAUGCUGAGCGUGAAGUCGGACUACCGGCGUAUUCUCGCUACCAGCCAGGAUGGUCGCUCCGUUAUUAUGGAUUUUGGAUAUGGUUUAGACGGCAUUGAUUUACUAGAAGGAUAG